AUGUAUUGUUGUAUCAUUAUUCCUACUGUUUAAUAUGCUGUAUCAUAAAGAGUAGUUGGUACUGCCUUUCAUUUUGUUGGCAUGUUCACAAAUACAGCAAUGACUCUGUUUCCAUUAGUUGCAGCAUAAUUGGCGUAGAAUUCUGUAGAUGCAUAAUAAGGAUAUUCACUUGUAGGAUAUUUCUAUUGUGGAAUUUCAAUAAUUGGAUUGGAUUGGGUUUCACAAUUUCACUUUAUUAUUUUGAUAUUGUUUCUACUUGUAAAUAUACAGAUUUUUAAAGUAAAUUCUUGA